CUGGCUGUAUUGCUUACAAGAUGGGGCUUCCCAUCCUCCUGCAGUGUGCAGUCAAUGAGAACAAUAUUGUGCACAAAGCUCUUAGCUCCGGACAGUUUUCUCGGCCUUCUGGGGUCGUGAAAACUUGGUCUUCUGCCAUGGACAUUCAGGUUCCUUACAACAUGGAAAGGUUGAUGUACUUGUUCUCAGAUUUUGAUGCACAACUUAUUGCUUCAUUAAUGAAAGAGUUUGAAGAGAAAGGAGUCCUGGAAAUACCAGAAAACUUGAGGCAAAAAAUAGGACAGAUAGUUUCAUCUGACUGGGUGACACAGGACACAACCCUAGCCACCAUGAGAAGUGUCUGGGACACACAUAAGUAUCUUUUAUGUCCACAUAGCGCUGUCGGUGUAGCAGUUGCAUCCCGUGUAAACAGCACUGACGAUUCUAAGGACAAGGCACCUAUCGUAUGCAUUGCUACUGCAAGUCCUGCUAAAUUCCUGGAGUCUCUUGAGGCUGCGAGCAUCUCGUAUACCCCACCUCCCGAGAUAACUGGGUUAGUAAAGAUGCCAACGAAAUGUCUACAAAUGAAAAAGGGAGACAAUUGGGAAGAAAUGCUGAGAAAGACUAUCAUUGAAAUAGGACUGAAGUAAAAACGGCAAUGCGGCAUAUUAAAUAUUCUAGCGGCCAUAAUCUAUAACAAACCUGCAGAUGCGAACGUUACGUUCGAUGCAUAGAUAAUUUUUCGUACGAUUUGUUUAUCAAUUUAAUGAUUACAGAUCAAAUUGCACUCUGUCAUAUUAUACCAUUAGUAAUGUGAAUAUAUUUCUUUGGGCUAAAAGUUUAUAAGUGAAAAGAAUAACUAGAAGUUUCUUGAG